GUUUUACGUUUUAUUUUACUCUCUAAAUGACAGGUUUAAGUCCAGCACGUGGAUAAAUGACCUUUAAAAUCCGCCCUCCUGUCGUGACAUAAUCCAACAUGGCGUCCACCGUUCACAGACUUCUCAGGACCUCCGUCCGGGUUGCAGCUGGAGGGCUGAAAGCUGCAGCUGCUUGUCAACAUGGAGCCGGUGGCUCUGCCAGGGUCCUUUCUGCUGCUGCCCGUCAGAGAUCAUUUUUCUCCACCGGCACCUCCAGAUGGGCCCCCGCUGUCACCCAGCCGGCCCCUGACUUUAAGGCCACAGCUGUCCACAACGGGGAGUUCAAGGACUUGAGGCUGGCCGACUUCAAGGGGAAAUACCUCGUUCUGUUCUUCUACCCGCUGGACUUCACGUUCGUGUGCCCGACGGAGAUCAUCUCGUUCAGCGACAAGGCCAAGGAGUUCCACGACGUCAACUGCGAGGUGGUGGGCGUGUCUGUGGACUCUCACUUCACCCACCUGGCCUGGAUCAACACGCCCCGGAAGGCCGGAGGUUUGGGGAACAUCCACAUCCCGCUGCUGUCGGACCUCAGCAAGCAGAUCUCCAGAGACUACGGCGUGCUUCUGGAGAGCCCGGGCAUCGCACUCAGGGGCCUGUUCAUCAUCGACCCCAACGGCGUGGUGAAGCACAUGAGCGUCAACGACCUGCCGGUGGGCCGCAGCGUGGAGGAGACGCUGCGUCUGGUCAAGGCCUUCCAGUUCGUGGAGACGCACGGAGAGGUCUGCCCGGCCAGCUGGACCCCCAAGUCUCCCACGAUCAAACCAACCCCCGAAGGAUCCAAGGAGUACUUUGAAAAAGUCAACUAACAGUUCCCGCCGCGGUCGUCUGCGGCCGGGUUAGCCAAGAAGAAGAAAAGGUUCUGUGACCCGUUUAGUUCCCCAAUAAAUCUGCUCAUUAACCAGC